AUGGCUCCCGCUCAGAUGAACUCCUUUCAAUUCGGCAUUGAGAUCGAAGUUCUGGUACGAAGCCUGGGCAAGCAGCACGGAACAUGGGCCACCCUUUCUAAGGAGCUCAGCCGUAGACUGAAGUCCGUCGGCGUCCCAAACAGCAUCCAGGGAAACGACAACUACAGAGAAUGGUCCAUUGUCAGAGAGCUGACAGUUCAAAGCGAUAAUCCUUAUGAUUACGGCGUCGAGCUCGUCUCCCCAAUCUACGCCGCCAGUUCCCUCUCGGCCCUGCACGACGACCUCCAAAAGAUCUUCACUGCCCUAAUAAACCCCAGCAGCAGCAGCAGCAACAAGCACAAGCACUACUACACCCUCCUUCCGACCCCUCAAUGCUCCUCCCACGUGCACAUCUCUUCUUCUUCGUGCACCCAUCACCACCACCACCCUUACCAUUACCCUUCCCCUUGUUUCUCACCCACCGAGCUCGCCGGCUUAGCCAAAGCAGCCCUCUACUUCGAGCACGCGCUGGACCAGCUCAUGCCGCCCGAGCGCCGCGACGGGGAGGCCUACUGGGCCAAGUCCAACCGCUCGCGCGACAACCCGUCGCUCGCCGGCCUCAGCCUAGCCCAGUGCCUGGCCAAGAUUGACACCGCCGUCGCGGACCCCUGUGGCGAUAUCCGCCCGAUCAUUGAGGUCAUGAACCUCUACUCCAAGGACACCAACUUUGCGCGGGCCAGGGGUCGGCGAGCGGAUUUCAUACGUGGCAAGACGUAUAGGUGGAAUCUGGCUGGGCUGUUGGCGGCUGCUGGGGAGCGGAAGGCUGAGGAUAUGGAUUGUGGAGGACUGGGGACGAUUGAGUUUCGCCAGCCGCCUGGCAGUCUGACGGCGGAGGAUGCGAUGUCGUGGGCUACGCUUGCUGUGGCGUUUGUUGCGGCCGGUGUGGCGUAUGGUCGGGAGCUGGGACGGGGGGAGGAUACUGUAACUGAGGUUUGGCGGGGGGAGGAGGGCGGGUCCCUGGCUGAGUUGUGGGAGUUCCUUAAGGGGGGAUGCUUGGCUUUGGGGUGGGAUGAGUUAGUGCCGCUGAGGGUGCUGUUUGCGAGGACUGGUCUGGAUGUGGAUGUGGCAUGA